AUGGCAUUUGGCGGGGCUGGGUAUGCCUUGAGUUAUCCUUUGGCGGAAGCCUUGGCGAAGAAUUUAGAUGUCUGCAUAAAGACAUAUCCAACAUUGUAUGGGAGUGAUCAUAUUAUACAGUCCUGUGUUGCUGAUUUGGGAGUCUCUCUGAGCCAGGAAAACGGGUUUCAUCAGAUUGAUCUACACAGAGACAUUUCAGGAUUUCUGUCAGCUCUCCCACAAUCUCCAACCGUUUCGCUUCAUCACCUUGACCAAGUUGAGCCUAUUUUCCCUUCUAUGAACCGCUACCAAUCACUAAAUCACCUAAUGGAAGCUGCAAAAGCUGAUCAGUCACGACUAUUGCAACAGACUAUUUGCUAUCAUAAGCAAAGCAACUGGUCCUUUUCCAUAUCAUGGGGCUACUCUGCUCAUAUUUAUGAAAAAAUUUAUCCACCAAGCAUUUUACAUAGACCCCUUGAAACAUUUGUACAAUGGAAGAAGUCUGCUAGACCACCUUACAUGUUUAACACUCGAUUUCCCUCAAAUGAUCCUUGUGAGGCUCCUCAUGUUUUCUACUUUGAGACUGUUGAAAAAUUAAUCUUGGGGAACCAAAUUGUUACAAGUUAUGUUAGAAAAUCACCUCAUUGGUUAGUGGCUUGUUCAUCGAGUGGGAAUCACUCUGCUGAUUUCAUUUCCAAAAUUCGGGUCCUCUCACCUGCCAUUAGACAAGAUGAGGGCAGUAAUAGAAGAGAGUGCUGCGACAUUCUGCAUGUGGCUGACAACUUCACCGAGGUCAAGUUUAGGGCUUGCAUGAGGGAUGAAAUAGUGUCCUAA